UCUUGCACAGUCCAGAUGAAAUAAAUAUAUAUAAAAAAAGAAAAAAAGAAAUAAAGGGUAAAAGAAAACCCUUGACAUAUAAGCGCACGAACUCGGUUCCGAGACCCAGCAUUCAUUCAAGCACAACUCAGAACUCGGAAUAUAUUUAUAUACAUAUAUAUUUUUAUUUAUUUGUUCAAAGGGAGAAUUUUCGGACUUAAUAAUCAGUGAUUAUCGAUAUUUUUGAGAUUUAUUGGUGGGAGGAGAUGAUGAAUAGUGGUGCGAGUAAUAAUAUGAUGUCAUCUGCAUCGGCGUCUGGGAACAACGCGCAGCCGCCGGGUUUGAAGACCUAUUUCAAAACCAUUGAAGGUAAAUAUAAGCUUCAGUACGAGAAGACUCAUCCUGCGGGCCUUCUUCACUAUGCCCAUGGCAAAACUGUCACACAGGUGACGGUAGCUCAUCUCAAGGAUAAGCCGACGCAGACACCAUCUCAAUCAUCGUCAAGUUUGGGUGUAAGCAGUGGUGUGAGGUCAGCGGCAUCAAGGUUAUGGAGUGUGGGUAAUGGAAGGGCACUUAGUUUUGUCGCAGGGAAUGGUGGAAGUAAGCCAGUGAGUGGCAGCACUACUAGAAUAGGAUCUUUAGGGGCUUCGAGUUCGAACAAUGUUGUUGGCAAUCCUAACUUCGAUGGGAAAGGGACUUACUUGGUUUUCAACGUUGGUGAUGCAAUUUUCGUGAGCGACUUAAAUUCUCAGGAUAAGGAUCCUAUAAAGUCUAUACAUUUUAGUAAUUCAAAUCCUGUUUGCCACGCAUAUGAUCCUGACGCAAAAGAUGGGCAUGAUUUGCUUAUUGGUUUGAACUCGGGAGAUGUUUAUUCAGUGUCUCUGAGACAACAAUUACAAGACGUCGGAAAGAAACUUGUGGGGGCUCAGCACUAUAAUAAAGAUGGUUCUGUUAAUAAUAGUCGCUGCACUUGUGUCGCCUGGAUUCCCAAUGGUGAUGGCUCGUUUGUAGUUGCUCAUGCAGAUGGAAAUAUUUAUGUAUAUGAAAAGAACAAGGAUGGUUCUGGUGAUCCUUCAUUCCCAGUGAUCAAGGAUCAAGCUCAUUUUUCUGUAUCACAUGCACGCUACAGUAAGAAUCCAGUCGCUAGAUGGCAUAUAUGCCAAGGUUCAAUAAAUGGCAUUGCCUUUUCAGCCGAUGGUGCUUAUAUAGCAACUGUAGGAAGAGAUGGUUACCUGCGAGUCUUUGAUUACAAAAAUGAGCAACUUAUAUGUGGUGGAAAAAGCUACUAUGGCGCUCUUUUAUGUUGUGCUUGGAGCAUGGAUGGUAAGUACAUUUUGACUGGAGGCGAGGAUGACCUUGUUCAAGUUUGGAGUAUGGAAGAUCGAAAGAUUGUAGCAUGGGGUGAGGGACAUAACUCAUGGGUUAGUGGAGUGGCAUUUGAUUCAUAUUGGCAGGCUUCAAAUUCAGAUGGUGUUGGAGAAAGCACUGUAUAUCGUUUCGGCUCUGUUGGUCAGGACACACAAUUACUCUUAUGGGAUCUAGAAAUGGACGAGCUUGUAGUGCCAGUUCGUCGAGCCCCAGGUGGGUCCCCCACUUUCAGCACGGGAAGUCAGUCGUCUCACUGGGACAGUGCUUGCCCAGUUGGCACAUUACAACCUGCUCCAAGCAUGAGGGAUGUUCCAAAGCUGUCUCCACUUGUAGCUCACCGUGUUCACACUGAGCCUCUCUCCGGUUUGAUAUUCACUCAGGAAUCCCUUCUUACAGUUUGCAGAGAAGGUCAUGUCAAAAUUUGGACAAGACCAGUUUCCUCCGAAAGCCAAUCGAGUGGCAACUCAGAUUCUUUGACUAGCUCGAGUUUGAAGGUGAGUGGUUCAGGUUACAAACAAUGACGAGAGAAUUUGAGGUUUGUGAAUAAUAAGGAUAAAAGCUUUUGUUAUUCUGAGUUGGGCGAAGAAUGCGUUUUUUUUUAUUUACUGAAAUGAUGAAGAAGCAUAUGAUGUGUUCAUGUGCAGUAAAAUUAACUGACAAAAAAGACCAUUGUAUAGGUAGAGAAAAAGGCUAAAAAGAAAGUGCCUUUUUGGGGUUGAUGACGAUAAAUGAGAUUUGAGAUAGAAUGCGCGACUCGUUGUAAGUAUAUGAGAGCAACGUUUUUUAGUGAUCCCAUGAAAAAUAAUUGAUGUUGCGCCUUCGAUAUUCUUUCUUCUUUUAAUUUCCCUUUUCUCUUUUUGGUUUUAUUGGUGGUGAAUUUUUGCACUUGGCCAGUUUUGCUAGAGAAUAGCUAGUUAAUGAUGGUUCUGAAUUUUGAUUGGCCACAGUCGAAACAUAAUUAUUAUUGUUUUUUCGAUGGAAUUGAUUUUAUUUGUACUGUAUAUGACUGAGACUGUGUAUCAGUGCAUUGUGCCGUGUCUGCCGAUUUUAUUA